CUCACCACACCACCUGGCAGCGGCUCACCGGAAUCAGGACUCGCGCCUGCUCACCAGUCGUCAUCGCCGUCCCAUCCUCCGAUCUCAACCCACACCGUCGCAAUUAAGACGAAGCCGCCACCAAGGCACCAAACCACAACGAUCCAAAACCUCACGCUUCUCCCCGCACGCCAAACCUGCGUGAUCCCGGAGAAAUCCCCACCCCGGCCAGCCCCCUCCUCGCCCGGCGAAGAUGCACCUGUGGCCGUCGCUCCGGAUCCGGGACUCCUUCAAGCACGCCUACCUGGAGAAGCUGGAGCUCAACCUCGCCGGGAAGAAGCGCGCGUCGCGGCAGGGGCAAGACGAGGACCAGGACAAGGGCCAGCAGCAGGAGCCCCUGAUCGAGGUCCCCCCGUCGUCCAGGGGCUCGAUGGUGGCCAGCGCGCUCGAGCUCGCCUGGGACGCCGCCAUGCUCCUCACCUGCUGCUGCUGCUGCUUCUGCUGCGGCGGAUCGACUGGGGAGACCAGAAGAGCGACCACGCGAUUCCCCGUCGCCGUGCUGCCUCCAAUCUCUCGCUCGGCCCUCUACGCUAUCUCCCGUCCGGCGGCUGCUGCCCGCCUGUUAGCAUGUCCGCUCAUCGCUGCCCCCUUUCCUGGACUCCCUCUGCACAUCUGAGGGCUUGCGGAUGGCCGCCGCUCGGCGCUCAAGAAGAAGCGGGCUGGGGCUCGGCCGCCGCGGCGCCGGCCGCCGACCGCCGGUGUACACCUUCCCCGGCUCUUCCCGCCGGCCGCCACACCACUGCGUUCUAGCAGGUCCACGUUUCGCGUCCUCUCCCGCCUCCCCAUUCUCUGUUUCUAUUUCCAUGUGCUAUACUGUGUGUUAGUGUUAAGUGCUCCUCAGAUUGAAACAAGAUUUGGCAUUCCCCAGGUCCAAAGCUGAUCCGACUAUUUUAUAUAAUAUUUGCUUGUUCUUCUUAUUGUUAUGUGAUACAAAUGAUCAUACUAACAUACCACUACAAGUUAGUGCAAUACUUUGACCAUCUAAACAAUAUUUGGCAUUCACCCUGAAUAUUAAGUCGAGCUUCUGAAUAUCGAAAUAUUCAAAUAGAAAUAUUGGCAUUCAAUCUCAAAUUAUCAAUAUCCUAUAAACAUAAUGACAAGCCUCCCAAUAUAAACUCCAAACGGAGACUUACAUAUUGUUCAUUCGGCAAACAUUUUUUCACAAUUUGGAGGGCGCCAAAUUUUUUUUUUUUUGGAGGUGUGCCCCCCUUCAAUUUUUUCCUGCGUCCGCCACUGUAUGUGGCUCAGUAGUGAGACACAACAUCAUGGUUGUCCAGGUCUUGGUACAAAUAUAUCCACAGUCCCAUAAAUCCUUCAUCCUACCUAUGGCGUUGCUGAAAGAUUCACUACACCCUUGACCUGUAAAUUAUAAGGGGGAAACCUGCUAUACAUAAAAAUGUAUUCUGGUGACCAGAUCAUUCAUUUUGUCGGCGGCUAUUCAUCAUAAUGGUAUAGGUUCUCUUAUUUUGUACGAAUUUACUAGCUAUAGUUGAUUCAUGGCCAACAUUCAACUUCCUGGCUUCAAACUAUGUGAUUUGUUUUUGUGACAAAUAAGUUGGAGAUGCAGCUGCAACUCUUGCCCCCUUUCCACAUGCUUCAGCAUGUCAAGAUACUACAACCUCUAGGGUUGGGAAGUUUCUGUGGAUAAUCCAAAAUAUCCGAUAUUUGUAUUCGAGAAAAUGAAAAUGGAUAUGGAAAUAUCUCCAUCCGAUCUAAAAUGAAAAUGGGUAUGUGAAAUAUCCGAAUUUAUUUAGCAAAUACAAAUCUGGUUUUAGAUUUUGACGCAAAUGUGGAUAUGGUAAUGGAUAUAUCCGUAUUCAAAUAAAACUACGUUAGCCAAUUUCAGAAAUCCUAGCCUUAUAUGAAAAUUAUCCAACCUAACAAAUGGUCAACUGUACUUUUGUGAGCUUGAACCUAUUAACUGUUAUGUCUUAUGGCAGUAUAUCUAUUUUUCUAACAGUCUAUAGUAGACUUAUUGCAUGACAGGAGUAUAUCAUUUCUUAUCUCAUGUAGUUACAUACCUAUUUCUUUUACUUCUUCUACCUAACAUGAAAAAAAUAUCCGUAUACAUUCCGAAUUGAGUAAACAUCUGAUCCGUAUCCAUAUUUGAGGAACAUCCACUCCACAUUUGUAUUAGAUGCCAUCUGUAUUCGUGUCCAUAUUUGGUUCGAAAAUAUGAAAAUGGAAGUGGGAAGGGCACUAAGAUCUGUUUCCACCCAACCCUGUGUUGUGCCAUGCCAUCACAAGAUCUUUUCCCCUUAAAAAGCUCCUGUAUUGCUCUCUGAUUCCUCAUCUUAAUACUGUCUAGUUAUUUGUUUCUAACUUCAUCUUUAACCAAUUCGUAUUUUAUG